AGAGAGCCAAAGACGGAACCAACUACUACACUAAUCACUUCGCCAACGACGGAGUCAACAACGGAAUCAACAACGGAGCCAACAAUAGAGCCAACAACGGAGCCAACCACUACCCCACCAACGACGGAACCAAUCACUACCCCACCAACCACUAUCCCACCAACGACUACCCCACCAACCACUACCCCACCAACGACUACCCCACCAACGACUACCCCACCAACGACUACCCCACCAACGACUACCCCACCAACGACUACCCCACUAACGACUACCCCACUAACGACUACCCCACCAACCACGAGCCCCACAACAACUCCCCAAACUACAUCCACUGCAAUAGUCCCCACUGAAUUGCCCGUGAAUAUUCCUAGGGCUCAGCAUCUGAUUCUUGCCGAAGUGUUCUUCAAAUUGUACAAGGACCUGAUCGACGCCUACAAAAAGAACGGCGUGACCAAUUUUCCGCCCCUUUCGUGUCAAUCGAUUGUCACUGAUCACCAAUUUUGCUUUGUCUGUCCACCGCAAUUCGGAAUUCUAAAAUUGUUUGAAACUAGAUGCACAUGGAUCCCGCACGCAAUAGCCAACGCUGAUGGAUUCGUAAACGAACGCAAGUUCGACAUCUUGGCAAAAGAUGUUUACACAGAUUUGCGCAACAUGUAUCGAAAGUUACGAACCAACGGCCCGGAACAGCUUGACGAGGCUCCGGAAACAGUCGGUGUCGCAUCUCACGAUGUACCCCUAAUUACCAACAGCUUUGGUACUUUCAAGGAUUUGAAUGUGGAUGACGCUCAUGUCAAAAUUAUUGCUACGUUUGCUACCACUGCCUUGCAAGCGAUUCGUGAUUACAAACGUCUUGUGUUGAACCAAGUAAUCAAAGCACAAGUCAUGGCCGGAAGAAACUUUAAGCUGACUCUGCAACUGGCAAAUUUUGAUGCCAAUGGUUAUCCCGGUAAAUCUCUUGUUUGCGUCGUGGUGGUUUUCGUCCAUCCCACAAUCGAAACUCGCGAACUCGUCAGUCAUUCGUGCUCUGUUGCACCAAAGAAACUUGUUGCGUCUCACAAUGAAACGGACAUAGUGAACGAAAUUCUACUGGCUAUCAAGGAACGAAAAGACUUAUCGCAAAUUGGCCAUUAUUUGAAUGCAUCUCGAGACUGCCUGGUCAAAGAUUUGCCUCUCACCAGUCCCAAUGGCACGAAACUGAGUUACGUUUUCUUCGCGCACCCACGUUCCAGGCCUUCAGGAUGAAGACGAUGGCUGCUGAUUUGGAUUCGUUUUUUAUUAAUCCUGAUAUCCAUCAUCGAAUUUUGCUGGGCCAUUUUUCUCGCCAAA